AUGAAGUUUUUGGCACUUAUCUCGGGAGGCAAGGAUUCCUUCUACAACAUCCAUCACUGUAUUACUCAGGGACAUGAUCUUAUAGCCCUUGGAAACUUGUACCCGAAAAACACCCAACAGGAUGAGAUUGAUUCAUUUAUGUUCCAGACUGUAGGACAUGAUAUAAUCGAUAACUAUGCAAAAUGUUUGGAUGUACCGUUAUAUCGCCAAGCCAUUGAAGGACGCUCAAAAAAUCAGGAGUUAGAGUACUCCAGAACUGAAGACGAUGAGAUUGAAGACCUCUUCAAGUUGAUCACAACUAUAGUGAAGAACCAUCCCGAUGUACAAGCCAUUAGUUGUGGAGCAAUUUUAUCACACUAUCAAAGAACCCGAGUGGAAAACAUCUGUGACAGGUUUGGAUUGACAUCUUUGGCUUUUCUUUGGCAGAGAAAUCAAGACCAGUUGAUGCGGGAAAUGUGUGACAGUCGAUUGGAUGCUAGAAUCAUCAAGGUGGCUGCUAUAGGAUUGGAUGCGAAACACCUUGCGAAAUCCAUAAAGGAGCUUUAUCCGUACUUGGUCAAGUUGAACAAGAUGUAUGAUGUGCAUAUUUGUGGAGAAGGGGGCGAGUUUGAGACAAUAGUGUUGGAUUGUGUUUUCUUCAAGCACAAGAAGUUGAACAUGAUCGAUAUGAGAGUGGUUCAACACUCUAGUGAUGUGUUCUACUUGAAAUUUGGUAUCGAAGUAGUAGAUAAGAAAGAGGAAGCAAGAAUUCCCUUUGCUCUGGCGAUAGUACCUUCCUUGCUUGAGAAUAGCUUUCAAGAAGUCUUGGAAAAUAGCGUGAUAUCCGAAGAAUUUUAUCCAGCCGUAAGUUCUAAUUCUACUCCGUACCAAUUGAGUCUGAAGGUCUGUUCAGUAGGAAACAAUAUUUUUAUAUCCAAUUUGGUGGACUCAUCAAACACAAUCCAAGAGCAACUAUCUAACAUUUUUAUCCGGCUUGAGGAAUUCUUAAAGGAUGCUAACCUCAGUCUCAACGACAUUCAACAUAUAACCCUACUUUUGGCGGACAUGGACAAGUUUUCUGAAAUUAACGGGAUUUACUCCUCCAAAUUCAUAGACCUUUACCUUCCCCCUUCAAGAAUCUGUAUUGAAACCAGCUUGCCAGAUCCUUACCAGGUUCAACUAUCUUGUAGGUGUAUCAUUAAGGAAACAAACACCAAAAAAGGGAUUCAUAUCCGAUCAAGGUCUUAUUGGGCUCCUCAAAACAUCGGCCCUUACUCACAAGCCAGAGUUGAAGAACAGAAGGAUUUCAAUUUUGCAACCAUUUCAGGACAAAUCCCCUUAAUUCCUUCAAGUAUGGAAUUGUUAUCGUCGGGAAAUGAGACCAUUGCGCUAACAAUACAACAUUUUGAUCGAAUCCGAGCCUUGAUUAACGUUCAAGAAAUUUCCACCAUCCUAUGUUUCGUAACCCAUGAGUUAAAUCUUGAUAGCCUUAAGCAGAUUUGGCACACUUAUUGCCAAACUGACUCUCACCAGAGUCUACUUGAAAAAUUAAUCAUUUUGAACGUUAGCCGACUUCCAAGAAAUGCAAGCAUUGAGUUUGGAGGUGAAACCUUCAAGAGUGUUGAAGAUUUACUUGAAGAGGACGAGGAGAUUGAAAAGACAGACCAUAAUGAUCUUAUAAUUUGGAUCAAAGAGACGUUUCCAGACCUUAUAUUAACCCAGUUAAAAGACAGCGUGAGUGUGCUGAUUUUCACUGACUCUGCAACAGACUUGAACAAGUUAAUGAACGACUUAAAUGGUUUUAUAAGAGUCUAUUGCAGUGGGGAGGAUUUUAAGAAACUCGACAACUUUGGGGAAUUCAUGCCUGUGUCUCAAGUGAUGAACUUCCAAAUGAGGAAUUACAAAUAUGCUGUUUCGGUCAUAGUGAAGAGAUAA